UUCAGCAGCUGAACAUCAAAACAAAUAAAUUGUCAUUGGUCAUGUAUUUAAGAUGAGCUUGUGCGUUCAGAGUUUGUUUAAAUAGCUUAAACGAGCGGUAUCAUGGAAGAUUAAUAAUUCCUCUCAGAUUGACCUUCGUUCGCAUUCGUUCGUUCUACGUACUUGACCUAGAUGUACUUGAAAACAGCUGAUCGUGUAAACAAGGCUGUACUCGUAUCUAGACAUUCGGGGAUUAUAGUAAAUUUAGAAAGAUAGCCGAAGAUGAUGUAGCUGAUCAUAAUUUUGAUUACACUGUCUUUACAUGACAGUUGACAUUCACCCAGUUGAGUCGCGUUUUAUUUCUUAAAUUGUGCAUUACUUUAUGUCUAUUUUCACAGUAUAUAGAUCUAAAGAUGAUUUAAAUGAGAUUAUGACUUGAUGGCUACUUGGAGUUUAGUAAAUAAAAUAUACUGAACACAAUGGGAAAAUCAGGAAAAGUUGAAAAGCGAUACUUCUGGCAAAAAAAGGAAACAGAUCAAAAUAAUCAUCAGAACACAGAUUUGUUGAGAAAAGACGAAGAAAGAGCUGUGCAAUCUGACAGUAAUGAAGAUGCCCCCUUUACACCACCUGAUGGUGGGUGGGGCUGGAUUGUUUGCCUUACAUCUCUCUGGGCUAAUGGAACAGUUUUUGGAAUCAUAAAUACAUUUGGAAUUGUCUAUGUUCAGAUGAGAGAUCACUAUAGUGAAAAUGAUCCUGAAGUUUCAUUGAAAACAGCCUUUGUUGGGUCAACAUGUACAGGGGUAACGUUCUUGAUGUGUACAGUGUCCAGUAUCUUGAGCGAUCGUUUAGGGAUACGAAAGACUGCUUGUACGGGAGCGGUACUUGCAACAGUGGGCCUCAUUGCGACAGCCUUUAUAAAGAAACUUGAGUUACUGUAUCUAACAUAUGGACUAAUUCUUGGUGUUGGUUCUUCAUUGGUCUAUUCACCAUCCCUUGUUAUUCUUGGGCACUAUUUCAGGAAACAUAUGGGAUUAGUUAAUGGAAUAGUAUCUUUUGGGAGUUCUUUAUUUACCAUUGCCUUAACUAGAAUCUUACCUUAUCUUUUGUCAGCAGUAGACAUCAAGUACUGUUUUAUAUUUCUAGCUGGUUUACAUUUCAUGUUGAUCAUAUUUACAUUGUCAUGGAAACCAUUGUUUAUAAAAGAAAAUCAUCUUGCCGCAAUGACAUUAUCUACUGAAAGUGUGUACCAGCACUGUAACGACUGCUGUACGUGGACUAAGAAGUUUCUGAAUGUGAAAAUAUGGAAAAACAGAGCAUAUGUGAUAUGGAUUGUCUCCCUUGGUGUUGCACUUUUUGGUUAUUUUGUUCCAUUUUUCCAUCUGCCGAAGUACACGAAAGAUAAUUUCCCGGGUGAAGAUGGAAGUUGGUUGAUUCUCUGUCUCAGUAUUACAUCUGGUGUGAGCCGUAUUGUCUGUGGAAAGCUUGCUGAUAUACCAUGGAUUAGUCGUAUCAAGAUGCAGCAGUUGGCGUUCCUGGUCCUCGGCAUUUCUACUUUGUGUAUUCCGUUUGCAAAGAGUUUUGGAGCACUCAUAGGCAUCAGUCUUGUAAUGGGUAUCUGUGACGGAGUUUUCGUCUGCCUUCUUGGACCGAUUGCUUUCGAUAUUGUUGGUCCAGGAGAGGCGUCUCAGGCAAUAGGAUUUCUCCUCGGGAUAUUUAGUAUACCUUUCACUAUCGGACCACCUGUAGCAGGUCAGCUGUAUGACACCAUGGGCAACUACAACUUGGCAUUCCAUAUUGCAGGAGCGCCACCUAUACUGGGAGCUGUCAUUAUGUUCCUUAUUCCUAAAGUAGAACAGGUAAAAUCACCAGCAGAGAGAAACAGAAAGAGUUUUCCUGCAGUUACAGAGACAAUGGAGUUUGCCUCGAUGUCAGUUAUGGAUAUAUAUAAUGAAGUUAAAGUUCCAGCAAAACCGGCCACAAAAGAUGUGAAAAAUGGCGUUCCCUCAGGUCCCUCAACAGAAAUUCAGAUUCUGACAUCACAGGAAUUGAUCUAUCCGGACAAACAACAAGGUAUUGAAGAGGAAAACCCACUGAGGGAUAAUACUGAUGAGCCUUGCAUAAAAUUUUCGGAUGUUCAGGUUAUCGCUUCUGAAGAAACAAGUCCAGUGCUUGAAGACAGCCAUCAAAAUUUGGACAAACAGCCAGAGAACUGUGAAGAAAAUACAAAUCAGAAUUCAAAUGUUCAUAAAGGAAAGUAUGGAACAGACACAGAACAGAAACAACCAGAAGAUCAGUCAAAUAUUGGUGAAGCUACAUCUCUGCUCGAUGAAGUCAGUAAAUAUUUAGAUUCUAAGGUAACUUUUGACAGUGAGGAGCAGACGUCAUUAUAAAGCAGAUGUCACUAUAUGGUUGGACUGUUAAGAUGUUCAGCAGUCUACAGUUACCAGCAUGUGCUGCAUGUGUUUCACAUAUACACAAAAAACUGUUGGGAAUAUAAAGCUUUUACAAAGAAACAUUCAAAAGUUAAGCAUUUGUAGGGUUAAGCUGAACAUACAGUGAAUAUAAAGAGGAAUUGAAACACUGUAGAAAGUACAUUUGCAUGUUAAGACUUCAAAGUCCAAAAGAUAAAUUGAUAAUAAUAAUACACUUGUAAAGUAGCUGUAUCUGUAGCAUCUAAUGGAAGCAUAAUUAUGUAGUUUAAGACCAAGAAUCUAGCUGGGAAAUGUCUGUUUUGUAAGGGCUGCUUGUUAAAAACCGGGGAGUUUAACUGACCUUGAGAACUUUCUGCGUUGAUGAAUUGAGCAAAAAAUGUCAGUAUAAAAGUAUUAGGCACAAUUUAUAUAAGUUUAUUUGUGAUAGAAUGUAGGUCAGUGAAGAGUGUUUUUUCGAGACUUUGGUUCCAUAGACUGGUCUUGUUGGUUCCAAGUCUUUGGGACAGUGACCAGUUAUGCUGAUUUUGAGUGUGAACUUGUCUUGCUACAAAGGUUCUGGGUAAAGUUUUCCAUUGAACCAGCCUUGCUAGUUUGUAUCUACAAACCAGGCAUUCUGAAUAUGGGUUUGUGAAGCAGUCUUGCUGAUUUCGGUGAGCUAAUACCUCUGAACCAGCCCAGCUGAAUUUGGGUCAGUGAUUCAACCUUGCUGAAUCUUAUGUUGUUGAGUUAUUGGAACGGUCUUAUGAAUUUUUUCAAUACCAUGCAAAACUAGUCUUGUGUUAUAGUUAUGGUUUUGCAGAUAUCAGCUUGUUCUGGUUACAUAUUAGAUAGUCUGCAGGGGGAAAAGUUUAAUCGUCAGAGGUUCUGCUUCUUUUACAUUCAUUAAAUGUAGCUAAAGAAGGUAGCCUUGCUUAAUGUUUGAAGUCUCUGGUGCAUAUGGCAUUAAACUCCUGUUACUUAUUUUUCUAUGUCUCCUUUGAUUGUGGCAUUAAAACAGAACCAAAACUGUUUCAUAUUUUAAUAUUCUAAAAAUUAAUUUCAUAAUUUAUGAUAGUUUAAUAUGUGAUAUUAUAAAAUAAAAUCAAAGGUUAAAAGUGUUUCAAAUUGUAUAGCUGUAGAUUUUAAUUUAUACCUUUAGAUUUUGCAUCCUAAAAGAAAACAUUGAUUUUGAGAAAAAUAAGAUUAUCUUGUAAUGGUAAGAGAAAGUACUUUUUGACAUUUUUAAAUUUGAGUAAAUUAGUUGAGUUUUAACUAGUCUUUCUUACUAGAAUUCCAUUAGAUAAUUCCAGCUCAAUUUGUUAAAGUUUGUUGUUAUUGCUGUCUAAAGAUAUCUAUAUUUCUUGUUAAUGAAUUUGCUAGAUUUUAAUUGUACAUAGAAAUCAAAAUAUUUUUACAUGUUUACACCUUUGCUAGAUGGUGCUUACAGGGGCAACGGAUCAAAUGUGUAAGUUAAGUAGUUCAAGUAGGCACUGUGAUAACUGUGAAAGAAAACUUUUCAAGGGUAACUGUAUAAAACAUACAGUUAAAUUUCUUCUGUUGUAUAUCAGAUUUCAAUACUGUGAAAUCAUUAAUAUUCGUGGGGGACUAAUUUUCUGGAUUUCGUGGUUGUCAAUCCUUGAAAUUUAAUCCUAAUGAACAAGUACAAUGCCCUUUCAUUUUAUGUUCAAAAGAUUAAAUCCACAAAUUCAUAUUCCCACAGAAUUGCCAUUUUGAUUAAAACCACAAAAUUUAAUGCCCAUGAAAUUAAAUGAUUUUACUGUAGUCUUUAGUGUGAUGAGUUUUUAGCUCACCUGAGCCAAAGGCUGCUGCUGAGCUUUUGUGACUGCUCAAUGUCCGUCGUCCGCAGUCGUCGUGUGUCGAGUAAUGUGUGUCGUGUGUCGUACGUCUGUCAACAUUUUCCAAAAAAAUCUUCUUCUUGAAAACCACUAGGCAGAAUUACACCAAACUUCACAGGAAUGAUCCUUGGAUGGCCACCUUUCAAAAUUGUUCAAAGAAUUGAAUUCCAUGCAGAACUCUGGAUGCCAUGGCAACCAUAAGGAAAAACUUUAAAAAUCUUCUUGUCCAAAACUGCAAGGCAUAGAGCCUUGAUAUUUGGCAUGUGACAUUAUCUAAUGGUCCCCUAUGAAGAUUGUUCAAAUUGUGCCCCUGGGGUGAAAAGAGGCCCUGCCCUGGGGUCCCAGGUUUUCAUAGACUUGUAUAGGAAAUAACUUUGAAAAUCUUCUGAAACUGCAAGACCUAGGCCUUUAAUAUUUGAUAUGAAGCAUUGCCUUGUGGUCCUCUACCAAGGUUGUUCAAAUUAUGCCCCUGGGGUGAAUAGAGGCCCUGCCUCGGGGGAUCUUCAGUUUCAUGUAGACUUGUAUAGGAAAAAACUUUAAAAAUCUUUUUGCCUGAAACUGCAAGGCCUAGGCUUUUGAUAUUUAGUACAUUUCAUUACCUUGUGGUCCUGAACCAAAUUGUUCAAGUUAUGCAAAAAGAGGCCCUGCCCUGGGGUCCCAAAAUUGACAUUGACUUAUAUUGGGGGGAAAAAUCUUCUUCUCUGAAAGUAUGUAGCAUUGCCUAGUGGAUCUCUAACAAGAUUGUUCAAAUAAUGCCCCUGGGUGAAAAGAGGCCCCACCCUGGGGGUCACUUGUUAUAUGAGUUAUAUAGGAAUAAAUACUUACAAAAUUAUCAGAUUAUAUUUCCUAGACUGUUUAAUUAUAAUUACCUGAUGACCCCAAGUCUCUACCAAGAUUGUUCAAAUUAUUUCUCUUGGGUCAUAUAUAGCUCCGUCCCGGGGGUCACAUGGUUUAUAUAGACUUAUGUAGGGAAAAAACUUUGGAAAAACCUCUCGUCCAAAUCCACAGGGCCUAAGGCUUUGAUAUUUUGUAUGUGAUAUCAUCUAGUGGUCCUCUUCUAAGAUUGUUCAAAUUAUUCCCCUAGGGUCAAAUAUGGCCCCGCCCUGGGGUUCACAUGGUUUAUGUAGACUUAUGUAGGGAAAAGCUUUGAAAAUCUUUUUGUUCAAACCACAAAGCCUAGGGCUUUGAUAUUUGUGAUGUAGCAUCAUCUAGUGGUUCUCUACCAAGUUUGUGCAAAGGGUUAAAUAUGGCCCCGCCCGGGGGGUCACAUGGUUCAUAUAUAGGGAAAAACUUUUAAAAUCUUCUUGUCCAUAACUUACAAUAUUCAAAAUUAGAUCACAUGUAUAGUUUUGAGUGGCAAGAUGAACCUUGACAUGAGUUGACCUUGAUCUUGACCUAGUGACCUACUUCCACAUUUCUGUAGCUACAGCCUUCAACUUUGGACCACAUGCAUAGGUUUGUGUACCGAAACAAACUUUGACCUUGACAUUGGUACAGGCUUCAAAAUUGGACCACAUGCAUAGUUUUGUGUUCAGAAAUGAAAUUUGACCUUUAUUUUGACCUAGUGACCUACUUUCACAUUUCUCGAGCUACAGCCUUCAAAUUUGGACCACAUGCAUAGUUUUGUGUACCGAAAUGAACUUUGAUCUUGAGAUUGACCUGAUGACCUUUCACAUUUCUGAAGCUACAGGCUUCAAAUUUGGACCACAUGCAUGUUUUUGUGUUCCAAAAUGGAAUUUGACAUUGACUUUGACCAAGUGACCUACUUUCACUCUUCUCAAGCUACUGCCCCCAGAUUCGAAGCACAUGCAUAGUUUUGUGUACAGAUGUGAACUUUGACCUUGAAAUUGAUCUAGUGACCUAGUUUCACAUUUCUCAAGCUACAGCUUUCAAAUUAGAACCACAUGCAAGGACCACAUGCACAGUGUUAUGUACCAAAAUGAAGUUUGACCUUGAUUUUGAUCUUGAGCUAGCCUUGAAAUUCGAACAUUUAUAAAUGGCUCAGUGGUGGGUGCCAAAAUCACUCUGUGAUCUUUUGUUAGCUCACCAGAGCGCAAAGUGCUCAGGGUGAGCUAUUAUGAUCGCUCACCGUCCGGCGUCCGUCCGUCCGUCCGUCCGUCCACACUUUCCUUUAAACAACAUCUCCUCCUAAACCAACAGGCCAAUUUUGAUGAAACUUCACAUGGAUGUUCCUUGGAUGGUCUUCUCUAAAAAUUGUUCAAAGAAUUGAAUUCCAUGCAGAACUCUGGUUGCCAUGGCAACCGAAAGGAAAAACUUUAAAAAUCUUCUUCUCAAAAACCAGAAGCCCUAGAGCUUAGAUAUUUGGUGUGAAGCAUUGCCUAGUGGACCUCUACCAAGUUUGUUCAAAUCAUGACCCCGGGGUCAAAAUUGACCCCGCCCCAGGGGUCACUUGAUUUUACAUAGAAAAAUCUUAAAAAGUUCUUCUUGAAAACCAGAAGCCCUAGACCUUAGAUAUUUGACAUGUAGCAUUGCCUAAUGGACCUCUACUAAAGUUGUUCAAAUCAUGACCCCAGGGUCAAAAUUGACCCCGCCCCAGGGGUCACUUGAUUUUACGUAGGAAAAUCUUAAAAAAUUUUCUAAAAAUAAAGCAGAAGGCCUAGGUCUUAGAUAUUUCACGUGUAGCAUUGCCUAGUGGACCUCUACAAAAUUUAUUCAAAUCAGACCCCGUCCCAGGGGUCACUUGAUUUUACAUAGGAAAACCUUAAAAAAUCUUCUUCUCAAAAAGCAGAAGCUCUAGAGCUUAGAUAUUUGACAUGUAGCAUUGCCUAGUAGACCUCUACUAAAGUUGUUCAAAUCAUGACCCCCGGGGUCAAAAUUGACCCCGCCCUAGGGGUCGCUUGAUUUUACAUAUGAAAAUCUUCAAAAAUUUUCUUAAAAUAAACCAGAAGGCCUAGAGCUUAGAUAUUUCACAUGUAGCAUUGCAUAGUGGACCUCUACAACAUUUGUUCAAAUCAUGACCCCAGGGUCAAAAUUGACCCCGCCCCAGGGGUCACUUGAUUGUACAUAGGAAAAUCUUCAAAAAAUUUCUAAAAAUAAACCAGAAGGCCUAGGUCUUAGAUAUUUGACAUGUAGUAUUGCCUAGUAGACCUCUACAAAAUUUCUUCAAAUCAUGACCCCGGGGUCAAAUUGGCCCCGCCCCAUGGGGUUACUUGAUUGUACAUAGAAAAAUCUUCAAUAUUUUCUAAAAAUAAACCAGAAGGCCUAGAGCUUAGAUAUUCAACAUGUAGCAUUGCUUAGUGGACCUCUACAAAAUUUGUUCAAAUAUUGACCCCCUCAGGGUCAAAUUGACCCAGCCCCAGGGGUUACUUUAUUGUACAUAGGGAAAUCUUCAUAAAUUUGCUUAAAAUAAACCAGAAGGCCUAGAUCUUAGAUAUUCGAUAUGUAACAUUGCCUAGUCGACUUCUACAAACUUUGUUCAAAUCAUGACCCCCGGGGUAAAAUUGGCCCCGCCCCAGUGGUUACUUGAUUGUACAUCGGAAAAUUUUCCAAAAAAUUUCUAAAAAUCAUCAGUUUGACAUUUGAAAUAUAUUACUCUGGCGAGCGAUCCAGGGUCAUCAUGACCCUCUUGUUAUUGAGAAGAUUGGAAGGCUGCUUUGCUUGCUUUUUUAUAAAGUGUUAGAGAGAUCUCUGUGUAAUAAGUCAGAAUGACCAGAUAUCACUAUGUAGUUUUCAGAAUGUUUUAAUAUCAUUACAUUCGUAGUGACCUGAAGGUCUAGAUAUCACCAUGUAGUUUAAGAAAGUCUGAGAGAUAUAGAGAAUCCAUCAUUGGUCUUCGGUUAAGAUCAGAAAAUCCCAACCCGAGGGCGCACCGCUCAAGUCUUAAACGAGGCUGAGCCGAGUUUAAGACUUGAGCGGUGCGCCCGAGGGUUGGGAUUUCCGAUCUUCACCGAACACCAAUUAUGGAUUCUAUUUCUCACUUACCACAACAGAAACAAUAAAAACAAGCAUAAAAAUAUGAAACUACUUAAAACGCGGGAAAUUGGCGUCCGUAAGCAGAAGUGACGUCGUAACAUUUCAGUGACGCACAAUAACAAAGCUCCGCUUUAGUUUUAUUGUUUGUAGCGUAAUGGUACGUUCUUACCAUAAAGUAAUGAAUUUUGAAUCGAGAAAUACACUAUAAGGAACGGAGAGAAAAGAUAAAGGUACCUAAUUUUUAAUUAUUUUACAUAAAUAAUAUGUAUAUUCAGUGCAUGAAGUAGUCCGUCACAGGAGUGUGGAAUAACCCAUGUCAGAUAAGAUUUUCCAGCACUUCUAAAAAUAGAGAUUUUUCUGUCCGAUAAGUGAGAAAAAUAUAUGUUGCAUUAUAAUAUCUAGAGAUAACCAUUUAUUUGUCAGAAAGUCUUAGAAAUAACUAUAUAUGGUAUCAAAAUGUCUAGAGGGUAGAGAUAAUCGCCUAGUUGUCAGGAAAGUGUAUUUUGUCAAAGAAAAAUUUGUUUAGAGAUAACAAUGUAGGUACUGGAAAAUCUAAAGACCAUUAUAAUUACAUUAUGACAGAAUGUAUAGAGGGCACUAUGAACAGUGUCUGCAUGUCUGUCACUAUACUAAUGUUAAAUUUUUAUAUAUUAUAAAAAUGCUACUGUAAAAGCACAUAUUUUUGUAAGGUCAAAAUUUUGUGAAUUUGAAAUUUCAAGUUUGUUCGCGAUGUUUAAUACAGUCGAAUACCGUUACCUCGAUAUUCAAGGGACUGUUAAAAUAGUAUCGACAUAUCCGAAGUUCGACGUAACGAUAUCGACUGUCUUGGACUAAUUUGUACUUGCGUCGGACGUCUAUAUUGUCAUUAUAUCCAAUGCGUAUUCCAAAGGGUUGGAAAGGGGAAAAAAUAGUAUAAAACGUAAAUACGAUUUUAAUUUUAUUGACAAAUAAAACAUCUUAAUCAAAUAUUUCAUACAUGUACAUACUUACAACUUUUUAAUUUUUCAAAAUAUAUGUGUAAAUAUUAGCAUUUUUAUUCCUUCGCUAAACAAAUCUGAAUGCAGCGAUAAUGUUCCUAGCUGAGUAGUCAUUUUGACUGUUUUGAUAACGAAAAUUUGCCUGUUAAAUAUGCAUAUUGUUACUUAAUCCUAAAUGGCAGAUUUUUACUCACAGAAAAAUAUUUCAUCCAAAUUAGUUGUUAUAUUUGAAAACAGCUUGCUUCCUUGCACGCUGUUUUUCAUGAGACUAAUUAUUUUGAAUUAAAUGCAAACUUCCUGACAUUUAAAUUGGAUUAAAGAUUAUAUAACAAACAAAAUAAACAAACAAACUAGCUUGAUUAUGAUUAAUAUAUCGCUGAACAACAAUAGGUUGAUUUUCACACCUUACAAAUAACAUGGAUAUUUUUUGACAAGUUGUAAUAUCGACGAAACCAGGUGUAAAAACAGUGCAGGUAAGAUGACGGGACUGAAAAAAUCUCAUCGAGCUAACAAAAUAUUGAGCUAAUCAUAUCGAGGUAAUGAUAAAUAAUUACAUUAAAAUAUAAAGGGAAAAAUCGGGACCGACUAAAACACAUCGUGCUAACCGGAGUAUCGAGCUAACCGAUAUCGAGGUAACGAUAUUCAACUGUAUUUGUGAAAUUGCAAAAAUUGUAUCCUUGCGCGAGGAUUAAUUUUUGCAAGACGUAGGGUCUCGCGAAUAAAGCGAAAAUUAAACCCUUGCAAAAAUUUCUGCUUUUACGGUAUGUCAGUUUGCCAGUAUAUCUAGAAAUAGAUAAACAAAAAUGAAUGUACUAGUAUCAGAAUGACUGGAGUUCACUGUGCUUGUGUUAGAAUAUCUAGACAUAAUUUUGCUAGUGGCAGAAUGUCUGAAAAUUACUAUGUUUGCAAGUCGAAUGUGUAUAGACCACUUUCUUGUUUGUUAGAAUAUCUAUAGAUAAACGUAUAACUGUGUCAUAAUAUUUGAAGAUCACUGCCUAUGCUAUUGUUUCAGAAAUGUUAUUGUAAUAUAGUGUCAUUUUGUGACUCUUGUUUGUAAUAGAAAUUGUAGCAGAAAUUUGUUUUAUUUCUUUUAAAUUUCAUAUUCUAUCUUUUUAGCCCACCAUCAUCAGAUGGUGGGCUAUUCAAAUCACUCUGCGUCCGUGGUCCGUCGUCCUUCCGUCCGUCCGUCCGUCCGUCAGUCCGUCCGUCCUUCCGUCCGUUAACAAUUUCUCGUUAUCGCAUCUCCUCAGAAACUACCAGGGGGAUUUUGACCAAACUUUGUCAGAAUGAUGUAUUGGUACCCUAGUUGUGUCCCCCUGAAAAUCAGACUGGUUCAACAAUUUUUUAAUAAGUUAUGGCCCUUUGUUUAUUUCUAUAAUUUACAUAGAUUUAUAUAGGGAAAAACUUUGAAAAUCUUCUUGUUCAAAACCACAGAGCCUAGGGCUUUGAUAUUUGGUAUGAAGCAUCAUCUAGUGGUCCUCUACCAAGAUGAUUCAAAAUAUUUCCUUGGGGUCUAAUAUGGCCCGCCCCGGGGGUCACAUGGUUUAUAUAGACUUAUAUAGGGAAAAACUUUGAAAAACCUCUUGUUCAAAACCACAGGGCCUAGGGCUUUGAUAUUUUGUAUAUGAUAUCAUCUAGUGGUCUUCUACUAAGAUUGUUCAAAUUAUCCCCCUAGGGUCAAAUAUGGCUCCGCCCCAGGGGUCACAUGGUUUACAUAGACUUACAUAGGGAAAAACUUUGAAAAUCUUCUUGUCCAAACCACAAAGCCUAGGGCUUUGGCAUUUGUAAUGUAGCAUCAUCUAGUGGUUCUCUACCAAGUUUGUUCAAAUUAUCCCCCUAGGGUCAAAUAUGGCCCCGCCCUGGGGGGUCACAUGGUUCAUAUAGACUUAUAUAGGGAAAAGAUUUUAAAAUCUUCUUGUCAAUAACCUACAACAUUCAAAUUUGGACCACAUGUAUGGUUUUGAGUGGCAAGAUGAACCUUGACAUGAGUUGACCUUGAUUUUGACCUAGUGACCUACUUUCACAUUUCUGUAGCUACAGCCUUCAAAUUUGGACCACUUGCAUAGUUUUGUGCACUGAAAAAAACUUUGACCUUGACUUUGACCUAGUGACCUACUUUACAUUUUUGAAGGUACAGGCUUCAAAUUUGGACCACAUGCAUAGUUUUGUGUUCCGAAUUGGAAUUUGACCUUGAUUUUGACCUACUGACCUACUUUCACAUUUCUCAAGCUACAGCCUUCAAAUUUGGACCACAUGCAUAGUUUUGUGUACUGAAACAAACUUUGACCUUUACAUUGACCUAGUGACCUACUUUCACAUUUUUGAAGGUACAGGCUUCAAAUUUGGAACACAUGCAUAGUUCUGUGUUCCGAAAUAAAAUUUGACCUUGAUUUCGACCUAGUGACCUACUUUCACAUUUCUCAAGCUACAGCCUUCAAAUUUGGACCACAUGCAUAGUUUUGUGUACCAAAAUGAACUUUGACCUUAAGAUUGACCUAGUGACCUACUUUCACAUUUUUGUAGCUACAGGCUUCAAAUUUAGACCACAUGCAUAGGAUUGUGUACCGAAACAAACUUUGACCUUGACAUUGACCUAGUAACCUACUUCCACAUUUUUGAAGGUACAGGCUUUAAAUUUGGACCACAUGCAUAAAUUUGUGUUCUGAAGUGUAAUUUGACCUAGAUUUUGACCUAGUGACCUACUUUCACAUUUCGUCCUUGAAAUUGAUCUAGUGACCUACUUUCACAUUUCUCAAGCUACAGCUUUCGAAUUUGGACCACAUGCAAAGUGUUGUGUACGGAAAUGAAAUUUGACCUUGAGCUAGUCAGUAAGUCUUGAAAUUUGAAACACUCAAAAAUGGCACAUUGGUGGGCGCCAAGAUCACUCUGUGAUCUCUUGUUUUGUAGAUGAAGUACAAAUUGUUGGUUGUUUUUAAUUAUUGCCAAAAGGUUGUAUAUUAAAGUUGUAAUAGUUCUAUAAUCAUCUAUUUUUGUACUAUAGUAAGACACCAAAGUGUAAUGUACCAGUAACCACACAACCAAAGCAGAUUUAGUUUAACAAUUUUAUUAUAAGACCAACGUUUCGUCUUGUACAGAGCCUUCUUCAGGGUCUAUUUUUGGUAAAAUUUACACAGAAUGUUUAAAUGCUUUCUGAAUUGUAAACCGGACAAAAGACAAGUAAAGAGACUGUUUUGAUCUAGUACUGUCAAACUUCAAAGGAUGAUUGCCUGUGGUCAGUACUUGACCUGUAUUGUUUGGGGACAGUAGGUCAAAGGUCAAGGCAGAAGAGUACUAGAGACUGAAACCCUCAUCUGAAACUACCUCUGACAGGCCAUCUUGAAUUGUGGUGGCAUAUGUAAAAAGUAAUGUAAAGAUGUUUUAUAAAUCAGCCAAGUUAACACAUGAAUUACAGAAAAAACAUCUAUGUUAGUUCUAGUGGGCACUUUAAAUUUUUUCUGUUUGAUAUUUAACUGCCUUUAAGGUAAUUCUGCACUUUUGAUUAACCGGAAGUAAUGGUGUAACAUCAUUUAUCUGGAAAACCUAGAAUAAAUCCUGGUAACAGUUGAAUAUCAUAAAUGUUGCUGGGAAUCUAUGAUAUCCCGUGUAUAAAGUGUUGAACAUUCAGUGCUACUGUCAUUCUUGGUAAGGUUAAUAUUGACAUUAGAACACCAUUAUGAAAAUUGACCCCAGAGAACCAGGUUUUUUUUCACACACAAAAUGUCAAGCACAAGACUCUUUAUCUUCUCAUUGGCUGUAUUUCCUUAAGGUACAAUGAUGCUUUGAAAAAAUUAUGGUUUUGAUAAAAUUCUACAUUGUAGAACUAUCUUUGUUGCAAACAUGCACAACUACCUUAAAUCAGGAUCCUAUCAAAUAAUUGUUAAUAUGAUUGUUACUGUUGUAGUUUUUUCCUUUUAUAAGUUAAAUUUUAAAGGGAUAUGUUUAAUGGACUUCAUUUUAACAAUUUUGUUUUGAUUACAAAGAACUAAGUUCAUGUUACCUAUAUUGUGAUAUCUGUUUUAUAUAGUAUUUUAAUCUGUAAACUGUGAUAGUGUGAUAAAAGUGUUGUUAGUUUGUUGAAGUUUUGCUUUUAAAGUGUUCUGAAUAAAGUGGCUAAGUCACAUUUCGAGGUCAAAUUAAGGUACACUUCUUUAAGUUUUCAAGAUGGAGAACUUUGACAUAAUAAUACAAAUGUGUAGGAAAUCCUUCAAAGGUGCUGUGGUGCAAGAAUAGAGCAUUUAAGCUAUAUUUUAAGUUGCAGCCAUGUAAGAAAAGAGUAAACUCUAUCCUAGGGUACAGUGAUGUAAGAAUAGUGUUCAAAUAUCCUUAGGUGUAGUGAUCUAAGAAAAGGGCAUUUAAACUCCAUCUUAAGGCACUGAGCAUUAAAACUCAAUCCUAGGGUGCAGUGAUGUAAGAACUGAGCAUUUAAAUAUCAUUUUAGAAUGAAGUGAUGUAAGAACUAAGAAUUUAAACUCUAUCUUAGGAUGCAGUGAUGUAAGAAUAGAGUGUUUAAACUCCAUUCUACAGGUAAGUGAAGAUAGAAUUGAGGUCUAAGGUACUGGUUUGAAACCCAGGAAGAUUUAGGGUAAGAUCGUUUGGGCUCUAGGAUGCCUGAACUUGGAUUGGCAAUAUAAUUUGAAUAUCAUUGCAUAUUGUUUUGGCACUUUGUGUAAAAUUUAAUUUGGCCUGCAUCAAAUGACUUUGCUGCCUUUUUGCUGGAAGGAAUGUUUAUUACCAACAAUGUAUUUUACUUUCUUUUAGUGUGUUGUUCUUUGUUAAAAUGUGUGAUUUGAUGAGGAAAUGUCCUUAAAUUUCAUCAACUGGGUAUAGAUAUAAAAUAACAUUUCAGAGAAAAGAUUCUGUUUUAUUAAACAGCAAAUGGUAAUAUUUUAGAAAGAUUUAGCAAAAAUAUAAUAGUAUGUAAUAUAAAUACAUCAAUUUAAGAUUGUUAGAGAGUUUGCUGUGAUAAUUUAGUGAUGUGUGAGUGUUAUAUAAUGUUCCUUCUAUAUCUCUUUAUAUCAUCCUACUCUCCUGAAAACAUGAAAUAAAUUUUAUUUUUUUC